AUGCCUUCAGAUCGUCGCUCCACGUCGGCGAACUCCAAUCACAGCUCGCGCUCUCAAGCGGAACGUGCAAGUGGUAGCAUGGGGUCCGACGGCGGCGAAGCCGGUCGACGCAUCGCUGCUGAAGACGAAUACAUCCGUCAGCAGCUCUCAGAGACCACGUCGUUCUGCAAUGCCUUUUGGGGUCUCAAUGAUGCAGGUUUUGAAGCCAUCUCGGCACGGAUGAAAGCAUCCCAGCGCUCUCUCGACGAACUCAAGUCGCUCUACAAGGAACGCGCCGACAUCGAAGCCGAGUAUGCAAAACGCCUCGCAAAACUCUCCCGUCAGCCCCUCGGCCACAGCGAGACUGGGGCAUUAAAGGCGGCCUUCGACGUUGUCAAGGUCGAGCUUGACACCACCUCGCGCACCCAUGCUGAUCUCGCCAACAUGAUCAAGAAGGAUCUCGAAGGUGCCGUCACUGACUUUGCCAACAAAAGCUGGAACUCGCGCAAGGCUGCCCAAGCCAACAUCGAGAAGCUCCACAAGCACAAGCAAACCCAAGAGAGCUACGUCAACAAGUCGCGCGAAAAGUACGAGCAAGAUUGCAUCAAGAUCAACGGAUACACCGCUCAAAGCAGCUUGGUUCAAGGCAAGGACCUCGACAAGGUCGCCUACAAGCUCGACAAGGCCCAGGCCACCGUUAGCCAGAACGACCGAGACUAUCAAAACUUUGUGCGCGCGCUCAGGGAUACCACCGUCAAGUGGAACGCCGAGUGGAAGGCCUACCUCGACCAGUGCCAAGAUCAGGAGGAGGAGCGCAUCGACUUUUCCAAGAGCAACCUCUGGAACUUUGCCAAUGCCGUCUCGGCCGUCUGUGUCGCCGACGACGAAUCGUGUGAGCGCAUUCGUGUCAGCCUCGAAAACGUCGAUACCCCUCGCGACGUGCAGUUCUUCAUCGAAUUCUGCGGCACCGGCUCCCUCAUCCCAGCUCCUCCCGAGUACAUCAACUACGCCAAGGGACAGGCCCCUCCCGCUCGACCCACCUACCACAGUGCUAGAUUCCAGCGCAACACCACGCGUCCCACUCAGCUUCCCGUCCCACAGCAACCGCAGCAGCAGCAGCAGCAGCAGCCGGCACCAUCCCCCCAGCAGCAGCAGGCAUCGCCUCUCCAGCCUCAAGAGCCGCAACAGGCAGCAUCGCCGCAGCCACCCCAGCCCAUUCAGCCAGCCUCACAAUCUGCAGCAGCUCCACGAAACGGUCUCUACCACGACAAGCCCGUGCCUGCUCAGCCAUUUGCGCAGUACGAGGCCGAAACUCCGCAGCCGGCUGCUAUUCCUCCGGCCUUGCCCCCAAGCCAUGCCGCUCCGGCGCCCUCCGCCAACCCAAUGAGUCCCCCUCCGUCGACGCAGCCCUUCUCAUCGCCGCAACGAAGCAUGUCGACUAAGAAGUUCCUCGCGCGCACCUCUUCCAUCUCUCAUCCCAACUCGCCCCAAUCUCAGUCGUCCUCUUCGCGACCCGCUCCCGUCGCUCCCCUCGGUGGUGCCAGCGUUGCUGCACCUGCGGCCAACGCGGCAGCGGACGACGACGACCCUAUCGCCAAGGCUCUUGCCAGCCUGCGUAUGCGACCUGGCGGUAAAUCGCCCGGUCCAGCGCGCAGAGACAGUCUGUCGGCCGAGCCUCAACCACCUGCACCAUUCGCCCAGCCUGGUCAGAUUGUUCAGAACAUGCCUCCGCAGCACCGCGCCCACUCUCCCUCGCCGUCCAUGGCUAGCAACCUGCCUCCACGCGCCCGAUCUCCCUCGGCUGCUUUCAUGCAGGCCCCAGCACGAGCUGCCUCGCCUCUGCCUGUGGAGGAAGUGGUGGGACAGUACGGCCAGUCAUUCCCAGGCGAACGCAAGUCGCUGUCGCGACAAAACUCGGUCGCAUCCCGCGCAGGUGCCCAAGCUUCAGAUCCUCCCAAGAGUCCGAACAAGCAGCAGCAACACGAACAGGGUUUCGCUGGUGUCGGGGCGCGAGGUCGAAGUCCUAGCCCCCAGCCUUGGUCUCGACCCACGCAGCAACAACAGCAGCUGCAGCAACCGCAGCAAUCAGCUCAAUCUCCUAGAGUUCCGGCACCGUCCUCAGAUCAGCCCAAGUCUGGCACGCUGUCCAGACGUCAGUCGCAGCUGCCUCCUCGUAGCACCACUCCUCUGGGCAUCGCUUUGGACGCCACUGGUUCGGUGACGCACGAUCAGAUGGCCGUCGACUAUAUGACACGAGCUGGCAGUGUUCCGCCCCAGCAGCAGCAGCAGCAGCCGCCCCAACUACAGCAGCAGGCGCGUCCACCUUCGGUGGUUCACGCUAACUAUCCGCAGCAAAAGACCCAUCACCAGGCGCAUCCUUCGGUCUCGAGUCAGUACAGCCAGGCACCUCCGCACCAAUUGCAGAGCCCGUACAGCUACCAGGGUGCACCAUCCGCAGCCGAUGGUCGCACUCCAUACCAAGGUCAUGCAGUUCAGCCAUCCGUAUACUCGACUGUUGGCCAAUCCGUUCCCCAGAUUGCGCCUCAGCAGCAGCCGUACGGAGGACACCCGCCUGCUGGCUAUGGACAGACACAUCAGCCUCCCGCUGCCAGCCAGAGUGUGCCGGCACACAUGGCGCAGUACGGCGGCUCUCCGGGUCCCGUGCAGAAUGCCUAUCCUGCGGCGGCACAGCAGGCACCUGCGCCCCCGGCACCGCAGCCGAUCGGACCCAGCGGGUACUAUGCGCCGCCGAUGCAGCAGCAAGGCUCGCAGUAUGCUCGGGCGCAAGAGACGCCCGCGUCGGCGUACAUGCACGAAUACCUGCAACAGCAGCAGUCGGGGCAGCAACCGAAUGGCGUAGCACACGCACAGCAACAGAGCUCGGCCAGUGUCGCACCGUCACACUACCAGCAGCCACCGCAGCAGCAACAGCAGCAACACUGGGCUCGAGCCACCAGCCCUGCCCCUGCACCUGCCCCUGCUCCUGCUGCAGCACCACCCCACGGCGCGCCAGGGCCUACUCAGCCGCAAGGGCAUGCGCCUACUGGUCAGUACAGCGACGCGGGCCAGCCGAUCCUGUUUUAUGUCAAAGCGCUGUACGACUACCAGGCGACGAACCCGGACGAGUUCAGCUUUACCACGGGGGAUAUCAUUGCGGUCACGCAUACCGAGGCGGAUGGGUGGUGGCAGGGCGAGUUGCUGGAUGAGGCGAGGAGAAAGCAGGGGGCAAACACGUUCCCGAGCAACUUUGUUGCGCUGCUGAUGUGA